UCACUGUUAUAAAUAUAUAUAAUGCAACUUUAAAGGCAUAGAUUACUCAUAGCAGAGAUUGGAGAGAAUAUCAGUGACUUAACCCAGCGAAGGAGAAGAGAAGAGAUGGCGAUUGAGGGAGGGGCAGUGAGCAACAAGCAGGUGAUAUUCAAGGACUAUGUGAGUGGUUUUCCUAAGGAGUCAGACAUGUACUUGACCACUACUUCCACUAAGCUCAAAGUACCAGAAGGAAGCAAAGCUGUUUUGGUUAAAAAUCUCUACUUGUCCUGUGAUCCUUACAUGCGAGGUCGCAUGUCAAAUCUCGCAUCUGAGGAUCCCCAGUUCUCUCCCUUUCAGCCUGGCUCUCCGAUAUAUGGAUUUGUUGUGGCUAAAGUGGUGGAUUCUGGGCACCCGGAAUUCAAGAAAGGUGACUUGGUAUGGGGAAUAAUCGGCUGGGAAGAGUACAGUCUUAUAACAGAGCCUGAGAGACUCUUUAGAAUCCCUUAUACUGAUGUUCCCCUUUCCUACUACACUGGACUUCUUGGAAUGCCUGGCAUCACUGCUUACUUCGGAUUAACAGAUAUAUGUUCUCCGAAGGAAGGAGAACGUGUGUAUGUUUCAGCAGCAUCUGGUGCAGUUGGUCAGCUUGUUGGGCAGUUUGCUAAGUUGAUGGGUUGCUACGUUGUUGGAAGUGCUGGAAGUAAAGAAAAGGUUGAACUAUUGAAGAACAAGUUUGGUUUUGAUGAAGCUUUCAAUUAUAAAGACGAGCAUGACUGGAAUGCAGCUUUAAAAAGGUAUUUCCCUGAAGGCAUUGACAUUUACUAUGAAAAUGUUGGGGGCAAAAUGCUUGACGCAGUGCUUAUAAACAUGAGAGCCCAUGGCCGCAUUGCAGCAUGUGGAAUGAUCUCUCAAUACAAUCUGCAGCAGCCUGAAGGAGUUUACAAUUUGACUAGCAUUAUUUAUAAGCGGGUGCGGAUACAGGGAUUUGUGGCUUUUGAUUACUUCAGCCAGUAUUCCAAGUUCUUAGACUUUGUUGUGCCUUACAUUAGAGAAGGGAAGAUUACUUAUGUGGAAGACAUUGCUGAAGGAAUUGAGAGUGCUCCUGCUGCUCUGGUAGGCAUUUUCAGUGGUCGCAAUGUUGGGAAACAAGUAGUGGCAAUUGCUCACGAGUGAUCUAGCUUUCUUUUCAGUGUUCAGUCUUGUUAUGUUUUAUACAGUUUUGGGCUCACUUGAUUGCCUCUACUUGAUAUGUUGAAUAAAAGCGUAUUAUCUUCUCCUGCUAUUAAAUUAACAUCCCCACUUUCUCUCA